GUGAAACCAUCCAGCCACUCUAUGGUUGAACUCACUCCUGUGAACAAACAUGGCUGAAACAUUUUGUGGAAUAAUGUUUUUCAUUGCCUAUUUACUAUGUACUGAGGGCCAAAGUUAUAUUGAAUUUGGCCUGACUGAAUUUUGCACUGGAUCACCAGGAAGUAAUGAAAUUCUCUUCACUUAUGAUACUGAAUUGGCUGCAUACAUGGACUUAGAAAAGGAGAAACUAAUUAUCUUAGUACCUGAUAUAGUAUAUAGUAUUCCUGGUAUUGAAUCACUAGCCAUGCAACAUUUGAACCCCACUGAUAUUGGAUUAACACCUUUGUGCAAAGAUGCUUCUUCUAAGAUGCUCUCUGUUAAUGAAUCUGAAUCUACUGAACCCCCCUGGACCUCAGUUUACUCCAGGAAUGAUGUCAAAUUAAAUGUCAAAAACACCCUUAUUUGUCUGGUAUCUGGAUUCUUCCCUCCACCUGUCAGAGUCUCAUGGACCAAGAACAAUGUGAAUGUGACAGAUGAAUCAACUCUCAGCAGAUAUUACCCCAACAAAGAUAAAAACUUUCAUGUAUAUUCUCGACUGAGUUUCAUUCCAGAGGAAGGAGACAUUUACAGCUGUUCUGUGGAGCACAAAGCCCUUCAACAACCUCAAACCAGAACAUGGGAUGUAGAGAUAAUGGAGCCCAGUAUUGGUCCAUCAGUGUUCUGUGGAGCUGGUCUGGCUUUUGGUCUGCUGUGUUUCGUCAAUGGAGUCUUUUUUAUUGCCAAAGGAAACAAAUGGAUAUAAUUAUACACACUACCAGAAACACUUAUUAGUUCUGUUGUCAUAAAUAUGCCAUGUAAAUUUGCAUUGUAAUAUCUGUUAAAAUACUGAAUGUUCCACAUGCUUCAAUGCAUAAUCUAGGCCAGACCUGCAUAAUAAA